AUGUCACAUAGAGCUUUAUUUAAAGGAAGAAGAUUCGACAGAGAUGGUACUUCAUCUAAUUCAUCUUCAAGGGCCCAGUCGGUCUCGAGAACACCUUUACGGUCCGAUGACUCCGAUUAUGAAAGUGAUACCGAGGAACAGGAUUUUAUUAAAAUUGAGGAAUUGUUGAAGGAGAGAUUAUUUGGUUUACAACAACAGGAAAUUGAAUUGGCAAAGGAAGACAGAAUCGGAGCUGGAGAUAGAAGACAAUACCAAGCUGCCAACAUUAACAAAUCCAGAAUUCAAGAAAGCUCAAGUAUCAAUGAUAUCAUUAAUAGUUUGGAGUUUUCGAGGAAUGAUAUAUCACUGCAGUCUCGAGAAUUGUUACUUGUUCAAUUAUAUAAACUACUUGUUUCGAGACCAUUAGUUGUUUGUAAUGAAGAAAAUGCGGGGACACCAGAAUUUGUUGAUGAAGAUAAAGUUGCCAAACUAAUCAAUAUUUUCACUUCUUCAAAUUAUCGAAGUGAAGAUGAGUUUUUAUACUUGUUCCGUUCAUUAAUUGCGCUAAUUUGCAGUGAUAUCGAAGAGUUUGGAUCCUUGGUGUCCACUGAAUUGCUUAAUCACAUCCAGCAUGUCAUCACAGAGCCAUCAAACAGUAUUGUCACUAACAGUGUCAAGGCUAAUGUGAUUACGGGGUAUGUGGUACUCACAUUGAUUUUACACAAUGGGGCAUCUAGUUUUGGAAUUGACGAAAGAAUCGCCAUGUUGAUCGAAUUGGCAGAAGGAUACACAGCAAGUGCUACUACUUUGAAAAAAGAAGUUGAGGCUGGUGAUCGUGAACAUUCGACUUUUAUCACAGAUAAAAACUUGGAUAAGAAAUUAGUCAAUGAAGCUAAUGCAAAGGUGGUCGCUGAAGCGUCAGUUGCUGUUGCAGCAAUCCACGGAGUAGGCUGUUUGUUAACAUUGAUUUCGCAUGGAUCAUUUUUGAAUGAAAUAAUGGAAGACUUGAUGUUUAAGCUUGUUCCACUUUUGGACAAUGACGAGGAUAGAGAUAUUGCCAAAGCUGCAGGAAGAGUGGUUGGUGUUAUUUAUGAGAUGUACGAUUAUGGACAAAACGCUGAUGAUGACAAUGGAGAUGGCUUCGAUAACGAAUACAAUGAGAACUCCCCAUACUAUGAACAAGAGUCAUUAUUAGCCAUCUUGACUCGUUUGCUUAACUUGUCCUCGAAGAAAGUAGCGAAAAAGGAUAAAAAGGAUAUCAGUUCAGUUUUCAGAAACAUUUCCAACACAGUAAAGAUAUACACCGAUGCAAAUUCCAGAGAACAAGUGUACAAAAGGACGCAAGAAGGAUUAGAAUUACUCGAUUCUACAUCUGAUCUGACAUAUAUCAAAUUAUCCAAAUUUAGAUCAUUGAAAAUCAAUAGCUGGUUUCUUUACUUUAGAUUGAAGCAUUUGCGAUGGUGUUUUAGUUUUGGUCUUCACAACCAAUUGGUUGGUAAUGAAAGUGUAAGAGAUGUCUUGAAGGAACCAGAGAGUGAGUUUAAUUACGGGACUCAACCUGAUUUUGAUGAUAGUUUGGUCGAUGAUGACAACUCUGAACUGUUCCAUGAUUUUAUUGAUCAAAAACAUUCUAAUGAUGAAAAAUCCAGAAAGGUAAAACGGAAAAAAGAGAGAUUGGUUAAAUUGAAUGAGCAACUCGAUGAGCUAAACUUGAAUCAUUAA